AGGGUUACCGCGCCCAUUUCUGCUGUUUGAUGGCUGGAGGAAGAAGCCACUGAAAGCCUGGCGUGAAGGAAGAAAAAAAGAGGGACGACUACUGUAGGAACGCCAAGAAGGGUUUUCUUUCUUGCUUAAAGUUGGAAUUUGUCUUUAAAGAAGAAGAACCCACAAACAGGACUGUGUCGUGCAUAUUUGUGUCAAGAAAACACCGCCCUCGUCUCUGCGCCUCUGUGCCGGUGUGUCUCCAUCCUCGGCGGCUGAAAACUGGGUUCGGGGAGUGCCGCUCCUCGGUAGCUACACUAGCUAAAUCAGAGCGCCUGGGUGGAGUGAGAGGAGAGACGAGAUUUUUUUGCUCUUUCCAGUCAAUGUGAAUUAAAAACGACGGACUCCCUCGACUGAAAGCGGAUCAGCAAGAGUCUAGGCGGCGGAGCGAAGCACACCAAUAGCAGAGGAAAAUGAGUGAACUGGAUCAGCUACGCCAGGAGGCUGAGCAGCUCAAAAACCAGAUCAGAGAUGCCAGGAAAGCGUGUGCGGAUGCUACCCUGUCUCAGAUCACAGCUAACAUUGACCCCGUUGGGCGAAUUCAGAUGCGCACUAGACGGACACUGAGGGGUCAUCUGGCUAAAAUUUAUGCCAUGCACUGGGGCACUGACUCAAGGCUUUUGGUCAGCGCCUCCCAGGAUGGUAAACUCAUUAUUUGGGACAGCUACACCACAAACAAGGUCCAUGCCAUCCCACUGCGCUCCUCUUGGGUGAUGACGUGCGCCUACGCCCCUUCUGGGAACUAUGUGGCCUGCGGAGGCCUGGACAACAUCUGCUCCAUCUACAACCUGAAGACCCGUGAGGGAAAUGUCCGUGUCAGCCGUGAGCUGGCUGGGCACACAGGUUACCUGUCCUGCUGUCGCUUCCUGGAUGACAACCAGAUUGUUACUAGCUCUGGAGACACCACCUGUGCUCUGUGGGACAUUGAGACCGGUCAGCAGACAACUACAUUUGCCGGUCACACCGGUGAUGUCAUGAGCCUCUCGCUGGCACCUGACACCAGGCUGUUUGUGUCCGGAGCUUGUGAUGCUUCAGCCAAGCUCUGGGACAUCAGAGAAGGCAUGUGCCGACAGACCUUCACUGGCCACGAGUCAGACAUCAAUGCCAUCUGCUUCUUCCCCAACGGCAACGCCUUUGCCACAGGCUCAGACGAUGCUACCUGCCGGCUCUUUGACCUGCGUGCUGACCAAGAGCUGAUGGUUUACUCACAUGACAACAUCAUCUGUGGCAUCACCUCUGUGGCGUUCUCCAAGAGUGGCCGUCUGCUGCUGGCUGGCUACGAUGAUUUCAACUGCAACGUCUGGGACACUUUGAAGGCUGACCGUGCAGGUGUCCUGGCUGGUCAUGAUAACCGGGUGAGCUGCUUGGGUGUGACUGAUGACGGCAUGGCAGUGGCAACAGGGUCCUGGGACAGUUUCCUCAAAAUCUGGAACUAGAGUCUGAAGAUGGCAUCCGGACUCCAAAGUUGAUCAGAACACCAUUCCAAAAUCACCAUGUUCAAUUUUAUUGCAUAUCCAAUCUUUUCAAAAACAAAAAGGAAAAAAAAAAUCACCAUGAUACUGACUCCAAACACCCCUAAAAACUAUCAAGGGCAAAAAUUCUCUCUCUGUCCCUUUUCUCACCCCCUCUCAUUUAAAAGAGCACAAAUGUCUGUCAUUCAUUCCGCUACAUAAACUGAAAAAAAAAUAAAUAAAUAAAUAAAAGAUUGAGGAAAUAAUUGUUUCUAAAUGGAGGGGAGGGAAAAGUGAUUUCUCCCAUGAUCCUGGUCUGAUAUUGUAGUACGUGAUUAUUAAAACACAAGUGCGCACACACACCUCACCACCACAACCACCACCACCAUCACCACCAUGAAGCAAACAUGUCCUCGUCCACAGGUCAGGCGUGAGUGAAGGUUAUUACACGACAAGAUCUAACUCUUGAAUAGCUUUUUGUUUCUUUUUUCAGUUUGACUUUUUUGUGAAAGAGAAGCAGUGAACUGUCAUUUACAUGUCAAAAACGAGGAUCAAAAGCUUUGUUUUAUCACAGUCUUUACACAUUCAAGAGAAUGUUUUUGUUUUUUAAGUCAAGAACUAAAACAAAGUCCAGAUCACGUCUCUUUUUUAUUAUUAACCCAGCUUUAUCCCAACCACGUGAGAACAAAAGUGAGAGAAUUAGAGAUUCAACAACAGGGAGUCCUCACCGCCACCUCAAGGCCCUUCUGUAUAUUAAGUCCCAUCUUACUUUAAUUGUUUCUUUAUUUUUAUUCCUCCAGUGUAGUCCACAAAUCUUUGUUUGCACAAAAAUUAAAACUUUGCAUAUAUAGGAUAAUGUCUAAAUAAAAUUUAAAAAAGUUAACUAACCAAGCACAUGCUGUUUAUGAUAAUGAAUGCUCGUUUUUAAAACGAAAAACAAAAAAAAAAAAAUCAAAAAGCAUUUUAACCAUCCUUACACUUUUUGUCUGGCGGCAGUGUAGAAGAAAUAAAUGAAGAUUAACCCAUCAGAACAUCGUAAUUCAACCCACCUCCCCUGUUUUUCCCCUUUUUUUCUUUUCUUUUAAAUUUGUAAUUGGCCUGGUUUUUCCAGUUUUGGCCCGGUUGCGACCGGGACGUUUUCUCUCCUAGCAGAGGUGCCCAUUCCGUGCUUGGAAAUGCAGUUAUUACUCUGUGAAUGACAUGUUGUAUAAAUCAAUGUUUGAAAAUAAUGAUAUUGAAAACUUUUUAAGUUAAAAACGUUGAAAAAAAAACAAAAAAACAAAGAUUUUGGUUGUCUGCCAUGGGUGGGAUAUCUCUUAGAAUCGCAUGCUGUAGAAUUGCUUAAAAAGGUGCAUAUGGAAUUAAGUCCUUUUGAUGUUUUUUCUUUCAAGAAAAUAACCUGUUGAAUAUAUCAAUACAAUGGUAUUUAUAUUUUUUUCUUCUUUUGUCUUUUCUUUGUUUUAUUUUUCCUUGUUUUCGGCGACUCUGUGCAUACCUGAUUCAACUCAAAUGUCAAAGCUAUGCACCUGAGAAGCGAAAACCCUGCAACACAAACGGUUACUUGGUCCACACUUGGGAGGGAUUCAACAAAAAUCGAGAAGACACGCAAAUAUUAAAAAAAAAAAUUGUACACAUAUACAUUGAUUCACCCGUAUAUACACAACAAUCUCAAGCGGAACAAAUAAAAUUGUCAUUCCUACUGUAGCAAACACAAAUUCCACAAGAAGAAACAUUUUAUAACAUUUAACAUUUUUUGUCCUUUAUUAAAAAAUAUCUAAAAUCUUGCAGCAUCUGAAUGGCAGAACUUUCUGUUGUUCCCUUCUCCUUGUAAACAAGAGAUGCUCUUUCUUUAGCAGUAGUGACAUUUUUUCCAUUCUUGUUUUAUUUUUCUCUGCGACAUUCUGUACAAAAAAUGUGCUGUAAUUGUGCGUUAGGCCUGGAGUUGGCAAAAAAUAAAAUGAAAUAAAAAUAAUAAAAAUUUAUUAAAAUUCCCUUAUCUUUUUCUCUUUCUCCGUCAAAUAACUGUAGAGCUCUGCACCCCCCCACUGUUCCCUUUUCACCUUUUGUAUUUAAUUUUAAAGUCAGUCAGUGUACAACCGAAAGCUGGAUGCAAGAUAGAAACUAUAUUAAAAUGUACUGUUAUUUAAGAUGUAAUAAAAAGCAGUUUGAGAUGA